GCAAAUAUUUUAAAGGUAGUAUAAGAGAAAGGCAGAAGUAUAGAAGGAUAACACAUGUCUCGUUCUCUUAUAUUCGGUUUAGUCAUAUCUGUUGUGUUUGUAAUAAGAAAGACACUUUCUAGAGUGCGCGCGGGCUGCUUGACACGGAGACCAAACUACAUAUGCUGUUAGGGUUAGAUCACUUUGGGCCAGUGUCAGAUAAAGGCUUAUAUUAAAAACUGGCCUGCAUCUGCUGUACUUUUGCUUCUGUGAAACACAUUUACCAACCUGUUUAAACUGAUUUAAUCUGUAGACUUUGGACGCUACCAAUCAUAGCCAUGGACAAGAGAUCUUGCUGCUUUCCAUUCUUGUGUUUAUUGAUAGCUGUGAAUAUAAGCUUGGUGGGAUAUAUUCUCAGUCAAAAGGAAUUGACAAAUAAUUUCAUAAAUGAAAUGGAGCUCACAAAUGCAGAAAUCAAAGAAAAAGAUUUAACUAUGACACAUUUUGAAUCAGCUAUUGAAACUUUUAAGAAGCUGAUGAGCACCACAGAAACAGAGAUCACAAGUCUUCAUGAUGAGAUAAAUACAUUUGCUAUCGAUCAAGAAAACAAAGCCAAACAGGUUAAAGAUUGCCAGAAUUCUGUGGAGAACCUCAGAACUGAAAAUGGAAUCAAAGAGAAGGAGAAGACUGACAAUCAUGAUAACUAUGCUGCUCUUCAGGCAAAGUGGAGUGAAACAAUUAAUGGCCUUAAACAGCAGCUGAAUAAGCGGAGUCUGCUUUGUGAACAUGUGAAGAAUGCUACAGAAGUGAAAGAGCAUUGCCCUCCCAUCAAGACUUCAUAAUUAUACUUUGAGUGGUACAGUAUAAUAUUGAGAGGAACACCUUCUGUGCAUGUCAGUGCUUUGUGCCGACUCAUUAUGAUACAUUCCUCAGUUGUAAACUGCUUUGAACAAAACCAUAUGCUACAUAAAUAAAAGUAACAGUGCAUGUAUGGAGAGUCUCAGAAAACAACUAAAAAUGAGAGCUACAUUUGUGUUUAGUCCAGUUUUAUUACAGGAGUCUAAAACAUCAGAGAGUAUUAAUACAUUUUGACAUUAAUACAGUUACAAGUGUAACUGUUGCUUUGGUAUGAAUACAGUAUCUUUAUUAGUUUGGAUUAUUGAUCUAAUGAAAAAAUAUUUUUAUAAAACUUUAAUGGUUUAUUUGAUAUAUGAUUUGUGAUAUCUUCAUUUUGUACUAUGUUUGUGAUAUAAUCAAAUUAAUAAUAAAAUAAAAUGCAAUUCAAGGAACAUUCUAGGUUCAAU